AAUCGGAAGCAGGUAGGGCGGGGCUGGCCUCAGGGGACGGGCAGGUUCGAUGGCGUGAAUAGCCCGGGUACCUUGGCCUCCUACCUCAGCUGCACCUGCACCUGCGCGGUUCUCCCACCCGGGCUCAGAAGGUGACCACCAGUGUCGCGACCGGCUCGGCAUGGCCUACCCGGGAUACGGCGGAGGGUUUGGAAAUUUUAGUAGUCAGAUACCAGGAUCGCAGAUGCAGAUGGGACAGCCAGUGCCCAGAGCAGGUCCAAACUUUUACCCUGGAGGAUACCAGCCUGGGCACACAGUGUAUAUGGGCAGCUAUUCUUCAGCUGAUGACUCCAUGUGGACUUACUUCACUGCUAUUGCUGGGCAGGAUGGGGAAGUGGAUGCUGAAGAACUGCAAAGAUGUUUGACACAGUCUGGAAUUAGUGGAACUUAUUCGCCCUUCAGCUUGGAAACUUGCAGAAUUAUGAUUGCCAUGUUGGAUAGAGAUUAUACAGGAAAAAUGGGGUUUAAUGAAUUCAAGGAGCUUUGGGCAGCUCUUAAUGCCUGGAAGCAGAAUUUCAUGACCUUUGAUCAAGACCGGAGUGGCUCAGUAGAGCAUCAUGAAUUAAGUCAAGCCAUCGCUGUUAUGGGUUAUAGAUUGAGUACUCAAACAUUAAAUGCUAUUGUUAAACGUUACAGCAAGAAUGGCAGAAUUUUCUUUGAUGAUUAUGUCGCUUGCUGUGUGAAGCUUCGAGGAUUGACAGAAUUCUUUAGGAGAAGAGAUCACUUGCAACAAGGGUGUGUGAAUUUCAUAUAUGAAGAUUUUUUGCAGGGCGCAAUGACAAUUUAAAUGCCUAAGAUUUGAAAGCCAAAGAAAUACUGUGAAUCCUUUUGCUUGAAAGAAAUGAAGUGGACUACCUUAAAGUAAAACUUCAGGGCUUUAUCAUGUUCCUGGCUAUUAAAUCCCUUCUCUUUCUAUGUGUUUUUAUUUUAACACACAAUUAAAAGCAGUAAGUGUUAUGUUUUCUUAUUUGGGUUUUACUGCUUUUGGAAAAAUUAUAAGUACAAAUAUCUGAAUACUAUUGUAAAAUAUUGGUAUAUAAUUAAGUUAUGUCAGUAAUUCUUAGACUUAAUUUUUAACAAUAAAAGUCUAGACUUAGGAACGUGCUAACAUGAUAGAUUGUAUGAGAAGCCAAAAGAUACAAGCCUAGAUAAAAUAUAUUUAUAAUUACCUCAAAAUCACAUAUUGCGGUUUUGAAUUUUGUUUGUGUUGUGGAUAUUUGGGGGUCAGCUGGAAAGGAAAGUGUGGAUAUUGUGCCAUUUUUGAACAGGGUUUGUUCUCUGAUCACAUAAUUAGAGGAUGCAUCCUUUUGGGUCUUUGUGAAAAAGCAAAUUGUAUUUCCUGAAAACCUAUCUGAAUUUGAAUUUAUAAUGAAGUAAGAGUACAGUACGCAUUGAUUUUCCUUUUCUAUUUUUUUGUAGUGCAUAUUUUUCUUAAUAUAUUUUAUUGUCUUCUGUGAAAAAAAAGUUCUUGAACGUAGCUUUUUUUCUCUGUACUCUAUUUCAAUAGUGAAGAUAUAGAUAGCCUGAAAUGGUAUUUUUCUCUAAAUAUAGAUUUUUUUGGAAAUGACACUUAUUUUUAAUUAAUUGUCAACAUUUCCUUGUUCUGUUAAACCAAGCUGUGGCUACUGGGCAGUGUCAACUGUUUAUGUAACAUUUAAAAAAAGGAAGUAAUCUACCAUUCUAUUGAAAUGUGAAAAAAUGAUAAAUUUGGCUUGUGUAACAAUAUUAGCUAGGUUUUUUUUUUUUUUUUGUAUUUGUAAACCAAUACAUGUUUGGAUUAUAUCUGUGAAAUGUGGGCUGUUGAGCUCAGGAGGCUCCCCAGCAACAUGUCUGGGUUGUGUUACUACAGAAAUCACAAAUGAGAGUCACCAGGUUCUUAAUGCUUCAGUCCCUAUAUAAGUUGUUCUUAUGUAGUUUCUUUUUUUGGCAAACACCUGUCUUUUUUAAUGAAGAUUUUAAUAAACCAUGUUUUAUUCUUACAUUUGAACUGAAUAUCUUCUAGCCUGAAAGCAGAUAAAAAAUGACAUAAUUUUAGUCUGGCUGGUAAGCAGACUAAUAUAUAGAUUUUUUAAAACUCUUAUUUGUCUUAAAAGAUGGGAGAUAGAUGGCAUUAUUUUCCGAAAAAGAACUCUUCUGAAGGUACAGAAUUUUAAAUCAGCUGUUAAAUACUUUAAAAAAAUCUAGGGAUGGAAAUAGUGUAUAGUCAUUUUGACACUGAUUUUUAAAAAUAAUUUAUAAUUUGCUGCCAAAUUCAUUUAAGUUAACUUUAUAUGAAUGAGCCAAUAAAUCAUGUAUUUUUGUCCUCUGGCUAUUAUAUUUUUUCAUGGACAUAUGUGAGAGAACAAUAACUGAGCCAUAGAAAGUAUAGAAUUCUAAGUAGAAGUAUAGGAAAAAGCACCUAUAUAGUACAAACACACCAUAUAUCCUUUGUGUUGAACAAUGGUGAUGAUAUGACCAAUGAUCUUAACAGGUGAUAGACAGCCAAAUCACUGUACUUUUGUGAGGUCAAUUAUGAUAAUCUUCUUCACUUGAAUGAUCAUGGUUGAAGUAAAACUUUAAAUGUGAUGUUAUUCAUAAAAGUUUCUACAAAUAACCCUUUGUAUUAGAAAUCUUUACACAAUCCCAAACUUAUCCUUUCUUAAAAGUUUUCCUCUGAGCAUUGAUAAGAGCUCUGUGAAGAUGCUUCCAUGGCCAGAUAUACUUGGAAAGUCUCACCUUCUGCAGGGAGGUUGGGAACGUGUUAGCAUAGGAAAGUCUAAGAUACAUACAGCCUCGUCUAAUUUUAUUUGACCAAAUUUAUUCUAAACUUUUUGGCCAUAGAAGUCCUUUUUCUAGCAAACUCUUCUGAACUGACCCAAUUUCAUUGUCAGGAAAUAAGCAUAAAGAAUAUUUUACCAGGAUGUUUAUACUAAAAUGCAGUUUAUUUUUUGAUGUUUUUAAAAUAAUUAAAUAAGCAGAUGACUUUUACUAAGGUAAAGAUUAAAUAGCUUUAUGAUGAACAUGACUACAAUAUGGAUAUAGUGUAUUAGUUUGUACUGGUUAACUCACAUCCCACUUUCUUUUGAUGAUGCAAAUUAUUAAUAAUGUACACUCUCAAUGUAUAAGUGCUUUUAUUUAUACAGUAAACAUGUUUCCAUGUCAUUUUGAGAAUUUUAAAUAAACAUUCAAAUAGCUUGCUGUAAAGUUUUAUAUAAUACAAAAUUCAUUACAUAUAUAAUAUUAUGAGAUGCUUCAGUUCAAACAACAGUGCAUUAAUUCACAUAUAUCUAAAAGACUGCCAAAGGACUAAAUGUCAAGUAUUGCACUUCUAUUUUGAGUGGUAGCUUACAUAUUUUAAAUUACAUCAAGGGGAAAUCAUUAUUAUGAGAAUAUUAAUUUGGUCCACUUUAAAUGUAAUUUCAAGGACUGUGCUUAAAAUCUGUUUAAGCAUGCAUCCAGUAAAGAAAAAGUAACAAAGAAUGUAGUGAUGUUAUAUAUUUAUUUCCAGAAAAAAACAUUACCCUGGAAGAAAGUAGAAUUUAUUAGUGCAGUUUAAACUCUGUCCAAUUAAAAAAUAACAAAAAUCAAUUUGCGAUUAUUUCUUUAAUUGAAAUAUACGAAUCAAGUUCACUUGUAAUCUUAUGACAUUACUAAACUGCGCAAUCAAAAUAAAUACUGUUUGUCAGUAA